UAACACUAUUAAUUUUCCUGCUUACCCACAGAUAAAGUUUAACAUUUUGUACUAAAAUAAAUUAGUAUUUUAAUAAAAUAAAAUGUCAAAAGCCACAUCUUUAGACAUUGACGGAAUGAGUGCUGAAGAGAAAAUAGAACAAAUUAAAAUUAUGCGAGAAUUAAUUCGUCUCAAAGAGAAGGCUGGAAAUGGUUGUAGAUCUGCUUUCCAAAAGAACGGGAAGAAAAAAAACUUAAUCAGUGACACUGUGAUGUCCGUUGUAUUUGUUACUAGCUUCGUCUUGAUUGUGGCAAUGGCGGUAUACUCAUUUCGCACUUUAUACCUGGCAAUACAAAAAAGAUUCCCUUCUUCCCAUACAGAAUUGUAAUAAGUAAUGCACACUCAAUCAUUAUUAAUAC